AGUACCUACGAUUUAAACGAGAAAAGUAUAUAUCGAAUACAGUUAAUGUGCAGUGAAUAAUAGGCAGUGCAUCGUCUGUAAACUUAGCGAAUCUAUGGCCUGGCUCGGUCUAUAUAAAGGCGUGUGUGUAAAUAGCGAAGUGUAAUUAGCAACUGAACGGCAAAAGCAAUGUUUACGUGGUCGUGGCUGUUUGGCAUAGUUGUGUUGGCGGCGCUAGCGGGCCCCGGCCGGGCUCAGCCCUCCGCCUACCCGGCGAACAUCACCACCUGCGAACAGUUCGAACGAUCAGCCAGAUUCAAUCCGUAUGCGCUUAUUGAUUCCAUGUGGAAAAUAUUCUACUUCUGGUCAAAUAACACUGAACUGACACCGAUUGUGUUUGCGCUGGCCGGUAAAAGCCGGGUCCGAAAAUUUCGAGACUUUUUCGAGACCACGAAUCCAGGUUUGGGCGUGGAGUGGGAGAAGGCGACGUUGUUCAUGAACCCGCGGCCCGGCGUGGAGGUGCUGUUCCUGCACGCCAGCACGCCGGGGGCCUUCCGCGCGAUCGUCAAAAAAGAACAACGCGAUAAAGUGCGGCCACAGCCGGAGCCGCUGAUAAAGUUCGCAGACGUGAGGAUGAAACUUGUUGAUCGGUACCUGGCCAUGAUGUGCUGUGAGGAUAUGACGGCUUACGCUAUGGCGAAGAUACCAGAAAUGCCCAAAACUGAAGAAAAGUGUAAGAAAGCGGCUGAACACGUCGGUUAUCAGGGAUACGAAGGACGCUCUUAUUUAGAACUGCUGAAAUAUAAUGAUGAACUCUAAUUAAUGGUGAUAUGGAUUUAAACAGUUUUUUUAACUGUUUCCAGUUGUAAAUCAGUUGUUUUAAUAAUAAUAAUCGGUGUAAACGCUUCAAACUUUACCUCAUUUAUUCCUAGGUUGUUGUAGCAGUAAGGAAUAUCGAUCCCAUAAGGGAUUCGUAUAAAAUAACAGGACAAAAAACAAUGGUUAUUUUCUUUUAAACAAACGGUUUUUGUUCACUACGGGCUCCUCAGUUUUCAUGUAUUUUUA